CUCUUGCGAACAUGAAUUCCUCCAUUUAUAUUCUUUUCUUUGUCCACCUUUGGUGGGUUUGGUUGUUUUCUUUACCUUUGGGUGAUUGCAGAGAGAUUGUGUGUAUCCCAACUGAGCGAGACACACUUGUAACAUUGAAGAAUCAUCUGAAAGAUCCUUCAAAUGGGCUUUGGUCUUGGAAUAAUAAUGAUACUUUCCAUUUCCAACUGUUGCCACUGGCCUGGAGUCGUCUGCAACAACGUUACUGCCCAUGUUGUACAGCUUCACCUCAACACUUCAUAUUAUGCUUUCUAUUAUGAUGGCGACUAUGGAUUUGAUGAGGAAGCUUAUGAGAGAUUCCAGUUUGGUGGAGAGAUAAGUCCUUGUUUGGCUGAUUUAAAGCAUUUGAAUUUCUUUGACUUUAGCGGCAAUGAUUUUGAAGAUUGGCUAUCAAGUACGUCGAAGCAUGGGACUAUUUCUGAUGCCCUGGGAAAUUAAAUUUGACUUCUCUUGUUGAACUUUAUUUAUCAGGUAAUUAACUCGAAGGAACCAUUCCAACUUCUUUGGGAAAUUUGACUUCUCUGGUUGAACUUCAUUUAUCAAGUAAUCAACUUGAAGGAACCAUUCCAACUUCUUUGGGAAAUUUGACUUCUCUGGUUGAACGUGAUUUAUCAAGUAAUCAACUUGAAGGAACCAUUCCAACUUCUUUGGGUAAUCUCUGCAACUUAAGGGACAUUGAUUUCUCGUAUCUCAAACUCAACCAACAAGUUAAUGAUAUUUUAAAAAUUCUAGUUCCUUGUAUUUCCCAUGGACUCACAUCACUUGCAGUUCAGAGUUCACAACUUUCAGGCAAUCUAACCGAUCAAAUUGGGGCAUUUAAAACAGUUGAGAUGCUAGUUUUUUACAGCAACUCAAUUGGUGGUGCUAUUCCAAGAUCAUUUGGAAAACUUUCAACAUUAAGAUAUCUUGAUCUGUCUAUUAAUAAAUUAAGUGGAAAUCCAUUUGAAAGUCUUACAUCAUUCUCUAAAUUGUCAUAUCUUGGAGUUGAUGGCAAUAAUUUCCAAGGAGUUGUCAAGGAAGAUGAUCUUGCAAAUCUUACAAGCUUGACGUGGUUUCAUGCAUGAGGGAACGAUUCACUUUAAAAGUGGGAAGCACUUUCUCAGAUUUUGUAUUUAAACCUUUCUCAUAAUCAUAUCCAUGCCUUCCAUGGUGAGCUUGGGACAACGUUGAAGAAUGCAAUAUCUAUCCAAACUGUUGAUCUAAGCACAUAUCACUUAUGUGGUAAAUUGCCCUAUCUUUCAAGUGAUGUGUUUCAGUUAGAUCUUUCAAACAAUUCAUUCUCUGAAUCCAUGAAUGCUUUUUUAUGCAACGAUCAGGACAAGCCAAUGCAAUUAGAAUUUCUGAAUCUUGCAUCAAAUAAUUUGUUAGGAGAAAUACCUGAUUGCUGGAUGAAUUGGACAUUUCUUGUGGAUGUAAAUUUACAAAGCAACCAUUUUGUUGGGAACUUACCCCUAUCCAUGGGUUCCUUGGCAGAGCUACAGUCUUUACAAAUUCGUAACAACACACUCUCAAGAAUAUUUCCUACCAGUUUGAAGAAGAAUAAUAAAUUGAUAUCCUUGGAUCUUGGAGAAAAUAAUCUUUCAGGAACUAUUCCAAUAUGGAUCGAAGAAAAGUUCUUAAAUAUGAAAAUCCUCUGCCUUCAAUCAAACAGUUUUGCCGGUCACAUUCCAAAUGAAAUAUGUCAGAUGAGUAUUCUUCAGGUUUUAGACCAUGCACAAAACUAUCCGCCUGGCAAUAUACCUAGCUGUUUCAGUAACUUAAGUGCCAUGACACUGAUGAACCGAAGUCCAUAUCCCCUUAUCUCUUCUUAUGCAUUAAAUAUUACAGAAUACUCUUUGAGAUUAGGUAUAGUUAGUGUGCUACUAUGGCUUAAAGGAAGAGGAGAUGAGUACAAAAACAUUCUGGAUUUUAUAACAAACAUUGAUCUGUCAAGUAACAAAUUAUUAGGAGAAAUACCUAGAGAAAUCACAGAUCUAAAUGGAUCGAACUUUUUGAACUUGUCCAAAAACCUAUUGAUUGGUCAUAUUCCACAAGGCAUUGCUAAUAUGAGAUCAUUACAUUCCAUUGAUUUUUCGAGGAAUCAACUUUCUGGAGAAAUCCCUCCAACCAUUUCUAAUUUGAGCUUUUUGUGCAUGCUAGACUUGUCUUAUAAUCAUUUGAAGGGAAAAAUUCCAACAGCAACUCAAUUGCAAACCUUUGAUGCCUCCAGCUUUAUUUGCAACAAUCUAUGUGGUCCACCACUGCCCAUAAACUGCAGCUCCAAUGGGAAAACUCAUAGUUAUGAAGGAAGUGAUGGGCAUUGGUUUUUUGUGAGUAUGACAAUGGAUUUGUUGUGGGAUUCUGGAUAGUGAUUGCUCCUUUGCUGAUUUGUAGAUCAUGGUGGUAUGCCUAUUUUCAUUUCCUUGACCAUGUGUGGUUCAAACUUCAAUCUUUUUUCUCAUGUAGUAUCACUGUUUAGUGUUGCUUACAACCGAUGUUGUAUCAUUGUAUUGGCAGGUUGAUCAAUUUGUAGCAAUUCUAUCUUUUACUUUUUUCAAAUUUUAGAGCCUUAUGUAAAUUCUGUUUUGGUAUGUAAAGAAUUGCAUAUUGAGCACAAUAUUACAGAUGAAUUCUGGUUAAUUAUGUAGUCUAAAUCAACUUGUUGUACCUAAUUCUAUGAU